CCUAACAAAGAAAAACGAAAAGGACUGCGAAACAAAUACUCCACCGAAUCUCUCUCUCUCUCCUCUCUCUCUCUCUUCUUUUUUCCAAUCGAAUCGAAACACCGACAGUCAGCUCCAAACCCUAAACACAUUGAAUCGGUCAUCAGCGCCUUCUCUCCUCGAUGGUAUCCUGAUCAGGUAAAGUCAAUCGAUCGCUACUGUCGUCCUUCUCUCGUACCAUCUAUGGAUCUAAUUACGAAUAACAACACAACGCAAGUCUUUAGUAAUUAGAGACAGGCUCGCUUCAGUGACGUAUUCGAUCGGGGAGCUAAUUGAUCAUAUGAGGUGUUUACUUGGUUCUGUAAGUGGUAAUUCAGAUGUACAGGUGUUCCAUCUUCCAACUUGGGACGUUUUCUUUGGCGGAUUAACCAAGGUGAAUUGGGAGAGAGUGAGCUGUUUGAUUGGAGGUGUUGUCAAUUUGUUGCUUGGCAUUGGUGGAGGAGAAGGGCUAUCAUCAUGGCUGAAGGAGAGGAGCGUAUCGAACUUAAGUUCAGAAUCUUUGAUGGAACAGAUAUAGCUCAUAGUACCUAUGCUCUAUCGACUGCUGUUGCUACUCUUAAGCAAAGGCUUGUUGCUGAGUGGCCUCAAGAUAAAUCUGUUCUACCUAAAUCUGUAAGUGAUAUAAAACUCAUACAUGCUGGCAAAGUGUUGGAGAAUAGCAAGACACUUGCUGAGUCCAGAUUAUAUUUUGGUGAUCUUCCUGGUGGAGUUAUUACCAUGCAUGUCGUGGUGCAACCUCCUGUUGCAAAAAAGAAAACAGACAAGAGCAAGGAGGAGCCAAAGAAAAACCCAUGCUCUUGCACCAUCCUUUGAACUGGGAAGCAUGCGUUGUUACAGCCAGGACACCCUUUCCACAAUUUUUGACCUUUUUGUUGUAAUUGUAUGUUAUGUUCUGAAUGAAAUUUAUUGUUUAUCAGCUUAUAAUUUUUACUUGUAAUUGGUAAUUCGGGCAUUGCAUGUUGUAAUCCUUCAUCUUUGAGCGAAAUCAUAAAAAGAAUUCCAUGAC